AUGUCUGACGACCUACUAAUUUCAAAUUUGUUCUCAGUGAAAGACAAGGUAGCUUUAAUUACAGGUGGAGGCACAGGAAUUGGUAAAAUGAUUGCAAAAGCAUUCGUGAAGAAUGGCGCGAUAGUUUAUAUUGCUUCAAGGAAUAAAACAGCUGCUUCAAGGGAUAAAACGAGCCUUGAUAAUGUUGCAAAGGAAUUAACAGAAAUGGGUCCUGGAAAAUGUUUUAGUAUUGAAGCGAAUUUGGAUUCAAAAGAGGCAUGCGAAAAAUUGGUGACUGAUUUCAAAAAUUUAGGAAAUGAUAAGCUCGAUAUUCUUAUAAAUAAUUCUGCUACUUGGCAUGAGUCUACUUCUUUGAUGGAUAUUCCCGAAGAUGCGUGGGAUAGAAUCUAUAAUCUAAAUGUUAAAUGCGUUUUCUAUUUAACAAUGGCUUUUUUACCAUUACUCGAAAAGGCCAGUAAAAAACUUGUUGAUCCAUCAAGGGUUAUCAUAACCGGAAGUAUUCUUGGUAUUGGUGAGGGAGAGCUCAAAGGAAUGCAAGCACUUGGAUUAUAUUCCUUACCCUAUAGUUCCUCCAAAUCUGCUGUACAUAGCGUUGCAAAGAAUUUGGCUGUGCAUCUUACUCCACAAGGAAUAAAUGUCAAUGUUUUGGCUCCUGGCAUUGUUCCCACAUUUCCUAGUGAUGCUAAAAUUAAUGAAAUACGUCUUAGUGAUAUUCCUCAAGGUCGUCCUGGGGGAGAAUUAGAUAUGGCUGGAGCUGCGAUAUACUUAGCUUCACGUGCUGGUAGUUGGAUAUCUGGUAUUGAACUUGUAGUCGAUGGUGGAACUCUUUUACAAUAUAAAUUAACCGAUGUUCAACGAGUGCCAUUACCUUCGCUACCUUCAUGA